AUGCGCACCGCUGCUCUCAUCCCCCUGGCCAUUGGCCUCGUCGCCGCCGGCCCUGUUCAGAAGCGCCAGGACUUCAACUUCGCAGCCAUUGCCGCUGACCGUGCCGAUGAAAUCGCCGCCAUCUCCGCCGACAACCUUGGUCCCGUCGACCCCGUCGUCCUGGCCACCACCGUCUCCGAGGCUACCGCUGCCUACGAUGCUACCUCUGCCAUUGCCGCUGCCACCAGCGCCGUCACCGCCGUCGUCGAGAAGCGCGACGCCUGCCAGACCUACUCUGGUGCCGGCCCCGUCGUCACCUCUGCCCCCAGCGACUGGGUCAACGCUGCGACUCUGACCAGCCAGGCCCUCGCCGCCGCCGCCCCGACUGGCUACGCUGCCGCCCCUAGCUUCACCAACCUUGCCGGCGCCGUUCAGCAAAUGGGCUACCUGACUGUCAAGACCCUGGACUCGUACGACCCGGCCCAGUGCGCCAGCUACUGCGACGACGAGCCCCUCUGCAUGGGCUUCAACGUCUACUUCGAGCGUGACCCGUCCGAGGACACUUCUUGCGACUCUGAGGGCAACCCUGAGAGCAUCACCACCAUUGCCUGCACUCUGUACGCCUACCACGUUGCUGCCUCCAAGGCCACCAACACCGGCCAGUACCGCGACAACUUCGAGGUCGUCAUCACCGGCUCCAACGGCUACAACAAGGACAGCAGCAAGGAGUCGUUCACCUCCAUCGACGGCUACUCGGCUCCUCAGGACUUCGAGACUGCCUGCAUCAACGCCCCCUUCUACAACGACUUCGACAGCUACAUCACCUACACCACCUACACCGACGCCUACGACCCCCGCGUCUGCGCCGAGGCCUGCGACGCUCAGACCCAGUACGACAAGGAGCACCCCAACAGCGACGGCGAGUACAAGGCCUGCAACUACUUCGUCUCGUACGUCAUGGCCAAGAACGAGGAGCCCCAGGGCCUGUUCUGCGCCCUAUACUCGCUCCCCUGGAACGCCACCUACGCCGUCAACACCGGCUACUCCUGGGGCUCCGACACCUACACCAUCUACAACUCGCUCGCCUACACCGUCAGCAGCGACCUCGACUUCGGCAACAACGCCGCCAUCGAUGACUUCGUCUACACUUCUGCCAACUAA